AUGGUGCAUGAGGCCAUCCUGCGUGAAGUCUUGCUCAAGUGUCAAGACGCUCGAGCAAAGGCACAGGGCAUAGCGUCUGGAAACAUGCAAGUGUGUGUAGCUAACCGAAAGAAAGGUCGCGUUGGCCGGAAGAUAAAGUACACGGCUGCCCAGGCGCGAGAAAAGCUCUUGCAGCGUGUGUGUUCCCGACUGAAAUUUGCGCUCAAUUUUAUGGCGCCCGGAGAAGAUAUGUGCGAAAUGCUGGACUACGUUCACCUCGACGAAAAAUGGCGAGAAGCCACCCGAGCGCAAGUGCAAGAGCAAGCAAUUCAUUACGAAGGUUAUGUUCUUGACGGCGGUGGCACGGCCUCGGCUCAACGAGGACACCAGUGUUUGGUGGGAUGGCAAAAUCGGAACGUGGCCCUUCGUCAAUUGGAUGAGCUUCGGACGGCUGACGAGCUGUCGACGACGUACUUCUUGAGAGCAUGGCACUGGACUCCGAUGUCGCUGCCUUGGAAGCUGCAGGACUUGAAGCUAAUGACAUGA